AUGGUCUCAUCCCUAGGCCAAUAUGUCCUAGAUGUCGGACAGGUCUUACCACCUGCAGAGAAUUCCAAUGGACUGCCUCGAAGCACCAGGUGGAACGCAGUCGUUCACCAACGCAGUUCGGCAGCAAUGUUAUCUUCUGGUAUGAUAGGGGUGUCAUCCACGGCCAGCGUGACGAGACAGCUUCUUCAAGCAUCCUUCAACUGCACGUUUGAGGGGCAGCAUACCGUCGUGCACGAAUAUCAUGCAUUCAGCAACUAUGGAACCGCGAGGCCAAGUGAUGACAUAGAAGCUUCUUCACCGACUGACAUUGAAGUCGAUCGGGUCCUCCUUCUCGAAGACAUGAGCGACCCGAGGUCUAUCUCGCGUGAGCGGUUUUAUGACGUAGCGCGGGCAUUAGAGAGGAGAGGGCACUCUGGGGCACCGGUGCCUGCAUGUUUCAAGCAAGAAUGGCCUAGGAGCGUUGAUGACCAAGGAUGUCGAGACCACAGACACAGGUUGUCAGUCAGCGGAGCUACGUUGACUAGAUAUGACAAUGCAGGGUCCGGUAUAGCUAGGGCAGUCAAAUACGGAAGGCUUGGCAUAGUAAGAGCCGUCCGAACAGAGGAGUGGACGAUGUGGGAGGGCAAAGCUAAGGCUGACAUAGGGGUCGCACUAAGUCUCGAAGCUACAGGAAGUUCACAGAAUGGCAACCACACUCGAUCGCAAACGCCUGUCAGAUGGCUGCCGCAUUGUGUCAAGCAGUCGGUAAAGAAAUUGGGAAGCUGA